GGGGGUGGGAAGGGAAGAGGGGGGACGACUCUGACGACACAAACAGCAACAAACACAUGGCUUUUGCGUGGUUACUAGUGCAUCAGGUGCCUAAGUUGUCGUUUAACGCGAGUGGUUUUGUGUAGAAAGUCGUAGGUUCAAAAAGGAGUCAGAAAGGAUUAAAUGGCCGGGAAAAGAAAAGCCUUCAAAGAUAUUACCAAUACCCCUCAAACUCCUCAAACUCCUCGCCUGAUAUUUGUGGUAAAGAAACCAAGGCUGAUCCAAGUUGAAGAGCCACCAGAAGAUACAGACCAUACAGAGGGUCCAGCUCUUCUCCUGGAUGAGGAGAGUGGACUCUUUGUCUCAUCUCCACUAACCUCUGCUCCUACACUAGAAACGCCCCGGCUCAUCCUCCCAAAUAAACACCAUUUAAUCGCAGAGAAAAAUGUGAAUGAAGCUGAAAAUUUAAGCUCUAAUGACAGUUUGGACGGUAUGAUUCUUGAUGAAACAACGGGAGAUUUUGUUGAAUCACCAUCAAGCAAUUUUACUAUCCCAUAUGACAACACAUGUGCUAUUAUCGAUCGAGUUCUGGAGCUGGAGGCCAUUGUGGCUCGGCAAAAGGCCGAGCUCAAUAGGCGGGAAGGCAUGUUGCAGCAAUGUGAACGUGAAAUUUUAGAAGAGAUUAUUGCAGAACAGGAGGAGCGGAUGAGCCAAAUGACUACUGACUUACAUGCAGCAGAAGAAAAAAUAAAACGCCUGGAGCAAGAGCUUUUGGACAUUACAGGUGGAGAGUUUGGUAAGAAAAUAGACAAGUACCGUAAAGCAGAAGCAAAAUUAAAUGAAAAGUUACAAAAUUUGGAAAAGCGUUUAAGUCCAACUCAAAUCAAAGCUCUCCAAAGAAACUCCACCCGGGGCUUGGUGUGGGGCAUUGGAGAAAUAAGAGAUGGUCUAAUUCUGAAAAUGAAGUGCGGUACUUCAGGGUAUGAGGCUUGGGUGCAGUAUCUCCCAAUCCUCCCUGCUGUCCGGACACUACAGAAAAAUGUCCAGCAUGUUGUAUUCAGACCAGGCAUGAUUUUGCAUGCUGUUUUUGACAUGCUGGAGGUGUUAGGAAACGUCAUGCCAGAUAUUGAAAGAGACUGCCAAUUGGUGUGCGACGAGAUGCAAUUGGAGCCUACACCCAAGUUUGACCUGUCUUUGGGAGAGAAAGUGGGCGAUGCCACUCUCCCAGGCCACGAGGGAAAAGCCAACAAAGCUCUUCUGUUCCUCCUCGCUGGCAUUACUGCCAGAUGGAAGCUGUCAGUGAGGGUGGAAUUUACUAACAAGAAGGCAGAAAAAUACAAAAAUACAAAUCAUACUGGAAUUGUUUAUAAAGAAAUAAUCGAUGAAAUUAUUUUGAAGUGUGAGUCUGUGGGCCUCCGUGUCAGCAAUGUCACCACUGACAUGGGAGCCGACAACUUGGCUUGUUGGCGAGCAUACGGAAUAACAGCUAACAAGAGGAGUGUAUGCUGCUCAUUCCAAAAUCCUGUGCGCCCCGAAGCCCAAGUCAUUGUGCUUCCAGAUGUUGUCCAUGUCAUGAAAAAUACCAAGGCUAUGCUGGAGACCAAUGGUACUAUUGAGUUACCCAGUGAUGUCGUGAAAGAAGCUGGCCUUACCUCUCCUAUUGUGGACUAUAAGCAUAUAGAAGACCUGCACGAAUAUGAAAGGGAUAAUGAACUUAAGGUGGCUUUUCGUCGCCUCAGGGAAGACAACAUCCAUACGAAGAAGCACUUCAAGAAGAUGAAUGUUGGGACUGCCAAGGCAGUACUGUGCCACCGCACAGGUGUGGGACUGAAAGUGUUGAGUGAGGAGAAGGAUGACCCAUCUUAUAACACCACAGCAUGGUUCAUUCUGUUGCUAAAUACUUUCUUCACCCUCGCCACAGCCAGGCACAAAGGCCUUGCAAUCUCAAAAGAAAACAUGGGAGCUUUUGAGAAGGCAGUAGCCAUCAUUAAGCAAGUGUCCUACAUCUUUGCAAAUAUGAAGGUUGGCAAUGGUGACUGGAAGCCAGUGCAAAGAGGCGUGAUGGUUCUUUGCACCGGUUACUUAAGGUGCGAGAUCGCGGACCGGGGUCCAAGCAACGGCUAAAGGAACUUAGACCGUUGUAUUGACCGGAGUCCUCUCAUGCGAAUACUCCUUGCCAUUUUCGUUCAGGCAGUUCAGGCAGUGUAGCACUUUCCCGAGAGAUGGCACCACAGUCGAGUACUUCCAAAAAAUUAAAAGGUCCUUGUUGGGGGUGGAGAGUCCUAUCCUCACUGUGCAUCAUCUUCGUGUCAAUGCCGCCUGAUUUGGCAGUGUAGUUGCCGGUGCGGGCGAGGCGAGCACCGGCACCCUCGUCAAAGUGCACAAAGACAGCUUGACAGGUGUCACUCAGCAUGGGCACAGCGUCGGGUGAACUUCUGAGAUUUCAAAUUUAUCAAAUCAAACUUGUUUUGGCCGUCUUCCUCGUCUCAUCGCGGUGCCAGGGGUAUAUAAAUUUAUCCCAAUAGUGCAAAAUGAACGGGUAGUGUCCGCGGCCUAAUCCUGUUGUUGGCCCUUCUGGGGCUGCCCCAGUGGCCGAGCGCGCUGCCGGUCCUCGGCUGCGUCUCCAGCGGGGGGAGGGGAGGGGGCAGACGGAGCGGAGACAAUAGAUCGGAAUGCAGCGAGGUGUCCAUCAUAAACGUGUCGCACCGACUCGGCCGUCCUGCACGCAGUUCUCAUUCUUUCCGCCGCGCCACCCUCCGAUGCCUCAGGAUUCGACCGCCAAAUUCAAAACGUGUGAAAAGGACGAAAAAAUGAGUAAAACGGCAAGAACGCCUACGCAAAAACUAUGAUAGGUAAAGCGAAUCCGAAAACGGAUCCGUGUAGGGGAAGGGUGUCCGGAGGGCAAUUGAUCAGUCCGAAAGUAAUCCGACAAUUAUUAGUGUCAUUAGGGUAGCGUCAAAGAAAAGAGCGAAAGUAGUCGGUUUUGAACACCUCACCAAACGUACAAAUAUUGAUCGCGCGACUCCCGGCCUGAUCAAUUGCCCUCCGGACACCCUUCCCCUACACGAAUAUGCUUUUGGUUUCCAGAUCAGUCGCAUAGUUGAGCCGUAGGCGUUUUUUUCCGCGAGCGCUGUUUUCACACUUACAACGUUCAAUAUUUCGGUUCAAAAUUUUUUGAAAAGAAAAUCCUUUGAAUGGGGUGCUUGUAUUGUCGUCCUUAAUGCAUGUACAAAUUUUGAACGAAAUCGGUGACCCAAAAUUUACGCGAUCUAGCACCUUAAAACUAAUUGAUUACUUCAUACAUGAGCGGAAGUUGCCCUUUUUAAUGCUUGGUAGAUUUACAAGUGACUGCAUUGAAAACCUUUUUUCUUUGAUUCGACUGAGACAGGCUACUCCCAAUGCCUCCUUAUUUCUUCAAAAUUUAAAAGUAAUAACUUUGGCCCAAUACAGCUCUUAUGUGAAAGGCUCUAACUAUGACUCUGAUGGUGGUAGCCCUAUGUCCAAUGUGGACUUUCUUCAAGAAGCAAGGAAGAGAGCAUUAGAAAGGGCAACAGAACGUUUUGCAGCAAGUUUAGAUGAAUUAAUGAAUAACCCAGUAGACGAGGUUGGGGAAGAUGACUUCAAAAUAUUUGAUACUUUGGAGAGGUCUGUGAUAUAUGAUAUGGCAGGGAGUACGCUUGCUAGGGUGAAGACUUCUAAUUCUGUUAUUUGUGACAUCUGCUGGAGUGCUGUCUUGUGGAAGGGAAUUUCUCCUCACCCCGAUGCAAUGGUCACAGUUCUGAAGGAAUUUGUGGACCUUAAAGAAGAUGAAACCAUCUUUAGCCAAAUCUGUGCUUCAGAUGAGGUAUACAAGGCAGUUCUUUCAGCUGAAGUCACCUUUAGGAGGUACCGAGUGCGGGCUCUAAAAUUGAAAGCAGUCCACCUUCGUCACUACUUUGUUGAAAAUUUGAUGUAUGUCUGGAUUAAAGCUCAUAUCCCAAACUGCCAUCAGAUUGGCAGGAAAAUUUUAGACAAUUAUAUUGAUGGCCGUAUUAAAGAUUAUUUUAAACUUCAAGGUGAAGUAAUAAAGGCCAAUGAGCGGAUUGUGAGGAGUAGUAAAAUGGUUGCUGGUCGCCAGUGUGCAAAGCAGAUGGAGUAAAGCCUAUGUGUGAGAAGUAAUUAAGUAUCUAGUUUGACUGUUGGCUAUCAAGAUUAGUUUCAAUUAAAUUCUUUUAUGUACUGACUAUCAAGAUAAGUUUUAAUGUUUUUCUUUAGAGCCAUUGUCUGAUUCUUUUUAUUAAUGUAUGCGUGUGGUUACUGUUCCUAGAAAACAUUCUCUAUGUAUAUUUUAAAGUGACAUUGAAAUUGACUGCUCUUUUUUCCUACCAUUUUAUGUAGUAUUUUUGAAACGGGUUACUGUUCCUACAAAAUAUUGUCAGUGUUUAUUUCACAAUGAUGUUGAGAUUGACUGCCCUUUCCCUCUGACGUAUUAGUAUUUUUAACUUAGUUUUUGUAUUUGUAAUGAUGUAUCUAGUUUGACUGUUGGCUAUCAAGAUAAAUAUAAAUUGAAUUGUUUUAUGUAUUGACUUUUAAAUUUAAUUGUUUUAUGGAUUGACUGAGUCUUUUUAAUUUAUUGUCUUGAAAUAUUGCUUCUUGGCUGCCCAUUUGUGCAGUAUUAGUUUUAUUUAAGUUAUACUUGUGGUUACUGUUCUCACAAUACAUUGUGUGUGACAUUGAAAUUGAUUGCCGUCCCUUUCUACCAUGUUAUUUUUCAUUUUACUUUUUGUAUUUGUACUUAUGGUUAAUGUUCCUACAAAGCAUUGUUUGCCUUUAUUUUAAAGUGACAUUGCAGAUUCUGUUCCCAUUGUCUUGGUGUUCUAAUAAAAAGAUCAAACAAAGUU